UGGGCCCAGUCUGUGCUGACUCAGCCACCCUCAGUGUCUGGGACCCCUGGGCAGAGGGUCACCAUCUCCUGUUCUGGAAGCAGCUCCAACAUCGGAAGUACUUAUGCAAGCUGGUACCAGCAGUUCCCAGGAACGCCCCCCAAACUUCUCAUCUAUGAUAAUAAUAAGCGACCCUCAGGGGUUUCAGACCGAUUCUCUGGCUCCAAGUCAGGCAACUCAGCCUCGCUGACCAUCACUGGACUCCAGGCUGCGGAUGAGGCUGAUUAUUAUUGCGAGUCAUAUGACAUCAACCUGAAUGCUCCCACAGUGCUCCAGGUCCAGGGGGAAGUGAGACAAGAACCCCCUUUCUCCUCUGCCAGGAGGGUGAGCGCUCAACAGCUGCUGCUCAGUCAUAGCCUGUGUCUUCUGCUGCUGCUGCUUCCCCCAAGGUCCAGGGCAUUCAGGGCCCUGCAGGGAGGAGAAGUUUCUCUUUUCUUGGGUUCUGAGAAUCAGACACAGCACCUCCUUCCUAGGAACAGGGCCUCCAGGAAACAAAACAUUCUGUUCCCUGUACCUUGGGACACGGUGUCUGCACUGAAGUCCCAGGAUGAGGCUGCUGUUCCAGCUGUGUCACCUCAGACCCACCUCUUAUGUGGAACCUGUGUCUCCAUCAUGCUCAUCUCCUGAUUUCCAGAAGUCCCCAGACUGGUGGCUUUCUCUCCCUUCUCCUCAGGGUGAAUCCCUUUGCUUCUUUCCUCCCCUGCCUAUUCUUUUUAAAAAUUCUUUCCAAGAA